CUUGGGGGGAGGCCACCUUUUUAAAUCCCAUUAAGGACAAUGACAUGAAUUUCGAUUCGAAGACUUAUAUCAAGGACGUGGACUGUCCCAUCAUGAUUUUACAUGCCAAGGAUGACGAGAUAAUUCCGUUUGAAAAUGCCGCGGACUUAUACAUGGCCGCCUUAAGUAGUAGGAACAAGACUUACCAGGGGGCGGUGACUUUCCACUUGUACGAGCCCAAAGGGAAUGGGCAUAUGUACUUAUAUCUCGAACCGGACUUACCCAAGCAAGUGGAGAAAUUCGUUGCUGAAUGUCUGGAUUUUGCCACAAAAGAACCCGAUCUGUGAUAGCGCUAAUAAAAAACCAGAACCAUGGCCGUGGCAUCGAACGAUCCAAAAAAAAUACAAAACGAUGGAGAACGUCCUGAUCCACAUCAACGCGAACGUAAUCGCCAUGCAGGACAAGGAGAAAAAAAGAAACACGGUGAUCCUGGAUGUGGUGGUCGAUAAGGUACUAAACAUAAUGAAAGAAAAGGAUGUCUUCUUACGCGAGACCAACAAAGAAAUGUUCUACGGGGGCAGCUUCUACGAUAACCUCAAAGUGGGAAACCCCAAUGAGUUCGAUCUGGACUUGGUCCUUAAUUUGCCCGGGUUCUGCGGUAUUAAUAUACAGAGCAGCGAUAGGCCGGGGUACAUACACGUUCAACUUCCGGAUUUCGCUGGAGCUUUGAGCAAGAGGCCUGACGCGGAGAAAAUUAAGUUUGAGAAACUCAAACAAUUGAUGGAUAACUCGAGUUUCUUGUGUACCACCAAAGUACUGCCCUGGCUGGAAGGUUUGGUAACCAAAGCUUUAACGGACUUGGACAAGGAUGCGGAUGGUAACUGUUACAUUGACGUGGUGGUUGACAGGAGCAAGCCCGGUGAAGUUUUGAGGAUUUUUCCGAAAGUGCACAAAGCAGGGCCGGCGUUCACGUUAAAACUGAACGGUACAGGACCGGACCGAUCGAAAUUUCAACUGGACAUCGAUUUGGUGCCGUGCAUCGGGUUCACGGAGGACAAGUGGCCCGGGAAAUCGGGCGGCUAUAGGGCGAAUCCCAGUCAGCGUAAAAGUAGAUUUUUAGUGGUGCCCAAGAAGCCGAACGGGAUGAAUAAUAACGCGGAACGUUAUUGGAGAUUGUCGUUUCAGGAACAGGAACGGGAAUUGAUAGGGGGUGAUAAAAAGAACCUGAAGCCUGCCCUGAGACUUUUAAAGAAACUGAGGGAUAAAUACAACCAUAAAAUAGCCAGUUACUUUAUAAAAACGGUGUUUCUUUGGGCGGUACAGGAGGAAAAGGCCGACUUCUGGACUCAGCCCUUAAGCGUGGUUUUCAUGCUGAUGCUAAAAAAGUAUGAAAAACAUUUACGAAACGGAGAAAUCUCUUACUAUUGGAACAGGAAGUUCAAUUUGAUCCAGGACCUGAAACCGGAAACGAAAAUGGACAUCGCCCAAUGUCUGGCCAGAUGUAUUGGACACAUCGACCGGAACCUGGACGAUCCGGUCAACGGGGAUCCGUUUAUCGUGGGCAAAUACCUACUGUCACGUCGAGGAUAUUUGAAACUCAAAAAAAAAACAAACAAAAUCCCUCUUUCAGUAUCGGACGAGGAACUCGCAAAACUUAAGGAGGAGGUACCGAUCCCGAAAAAAUGGACGACGAGAAUCCCAAUGGACGUUUUAACCCAAUCAAGUUGCGUGCAUCGUCAGAAUUCGGACAUUUCCGAGAAAAAAACUGGACACGAAUCGAAUGGAUAGUAAGAUCGACGCGAUCUUAGAUAGGACCGAGACGAUCCUGCGGGAGAACAAAGCGAUGAAGGCCAAACUGGAGGCGCUUGAGGAAAGGGUGAGGAGUUUACAGGAGGACAACGUCCAAAUGAAGCGGCUACUGACGAGGUCCAGUGGGGUGGACGAGUUCCUAUGCCCGAUGCCUGAACUUAAUCUACUAGCAAACCUUUCCAAACCUUAAAAGGUUUGGCACACGAAUAUUUUGUUUAAAUGUACUUAUUGGCUAAUAAAAAUUAAUCAUCGAA